GGGGAAGGUUGCCACUCGUCCACUCUCCCGCGUCUCACUUAAAAAAAACGCACACACACACACACACACACAUACAUAUCAGCUGUUUUGACGUACUUACAUGUGUGCGUGGGCGUGUGCGUGGGAGAGUGUUGAGGAGAUGUGGACGAUAAUAGAGGAGAAACGAAGAUAGUGAGUGAAGAAAACGAAGGGAAGAGAAAGAAAGUGAAAAGAAAGUUGUGAAUAUACGAAGAGAAAGAGAAAGAGAAAAAAAAGAAAAGGAAGAAAUUAAGAUUAAAUAUAACAUCCGCAUCCACAUUCAUACAUCCACUCAUCCACGCUUUCAGAGUUACAAGCACCACAACCACCACCACCACCACCAACCCUCCCUUUCCCUCCCUCCCGACCCCCGGCCCUCACAGCUAUAUAAGGGGGCGUGGCAGGGCUCGGGGCGGCAGUGUGUCUGAGGGCAGGAUGGUGGCGGGGCUCUUCGUGAAGGCCAUCUCCUUCUUCGCUGGACUAGGUGGACUGAUUGGUGGCGGCGGCGGAUAUGCGGACGAUGGUCGGGGGCAGCGGUGGGGGGGGAGGGGAGGGGGGGAGGUAUCCAGGCACGGGCGGCGGGUGGGGGGAGAGGGGGGGCCGGGGUGGUCACACGGGGCCCCCUUCACCGACCCUGACCUCCUCGCGCUCUCCGGUGACCUUGACCUCUGGAUGACCUUACCUGAGGAUGACGUACGGCAUGUUCCUCCUCGUAUUAGACAGUUGCUAAGUCCAUUUAUGCUCCCCAACACCACCACAACCACCACCGAAGACUCCACAACCACCUCUCUACCCACCACCCAAUAUGAUUCACCCCACUCCUCAAACCGAACCACGAAAUCCAGACCACGGCCCCGACAACCCCCCCACAACACCCACGACACAUCCACCAACAACCUCAAGAAACGGCAGACGGACAGAGGCACGAUAGCGCACGUGGAAUCCAACCCCAGUGCAGUGGAUCGAAUCUUUCAAGGGGAGACGAUGUGCGGGGCGUGCUCGAUCUUGGCCAAGCUGGUGGUGGGCUACAUGCGGAUCGGGGCACCUACGGAUUUUAUGGCAGGUGUGCUAAUUAAGAUCUGCUACCUGGUGGUGUACAAGUCGCUACCUGUGUGUCGGGGAAUCAUUAACCAGGAUAAGGAUCGUCUCACCUGGAUCGUGCGCCACAGUGAGGUCAACGGGGAGGAGGUGUGCGGGCUCCUGCUGGGGGACCGGGGGUGUGGCUCCUUCAGUAGGCGACCCUGGAACUUGCACCUCCCCCCGCCCCCCUCCCCUUCUCCCCAGUCCUAUAACCCCCCGCAGAGGAAGCGCCCCGGGGGAAAGAAUGGGAAUGGCGGGAAUGGAAACAGGAAUCGUCGCCUUCCUCAGCAUUCCAGGCCCAGGAUGGAUGAGGAGGUUGUAGAGGAAUACAUAGAAGAUAGCAACAGAGAGGGAAGACACAUUGAUUACUCCCCUUCCUCCUCCAACAUCCCUUCUUCCUCCUCCUCCAACUUCCCUCCUCCCUCCUCCUCCUCCAUCAUCAUCUCCUCCUCCCCUUCUUCUUCUCCCUUCUCCUUACCCUCCUUCUCUGCCUCACCUCCUACCUCCUACAUCUCUACCUCUUCUGAUUUUUCCGAUUUCUCUUCUCCUCCUUCUUCCUCCUCCUCUUCCUCCUCCUUCCUCUCUCCUGACUUCUCUUCUGAUUUCUCUUCUUCCUCACCUUUCUCCUCUUCCUCUGACUUCUCUUCUCCUCCUUCUUCCUCCUCCUCUUCCUCCUCCUUCCUCUCCUCUGACUUCUCCUCUGAUUUCUCUUCUUCCUCACCUUACUCCUCUUCCUCUGAUUUCUCUUCACCUUCCUCCUCCUAUACCUCCUCCUCUUCCUCCUCUUCUCAACCACCAUCACAUACCACAACCACCUCCACCUCCACCUCCUCCUCAGACGAUAUAUCCCCCCGUCGCCUUCCUCCUUCUCACUCCUCCUCCUCUUCCUCCUCCUCUUCCUCCUCCUCCUCCCCCUCAAGGAAGAAGAGGAAGAAGCCGGUGCUGAAGGUCCUACACUUAACGGAUCCACACUACGAUCCGGAUUACGUUGUGGGAUCCAAUGCUGUUUGCGAAGCGCCGUUAUGUUGCAACAGAGACAGCGGUGUCGCCAGCAAGGAAGGGGACCGCGCGGGGAGAUGGGGAGACUACCGCAAUUGUGACUCCCCCAAAUGGCUACUUCAUCACAUGUUUACCCACAUCGUUACCCACCACCCCGACAUCGACUACGUGGUGUGUACCGGUGACCUCGUGCCGCACCACAUCUGGAAGGUCACACGCGAGGGCAACCUGGCUGUGGUGGAGGAGAUGGCCCAGCUGGUGCGCGGUUUCUUCCCCAACAUCCCCAUCUACGGCGCCGUGGGGAAUCAUGAGAGCUUCCCCAGGGACAGUUUCCCGCCGCCCGAGGUGAAGGAGGUCUGGUCCCGGUUCGGUUCGCAGUGGCUGUACGACGCGCUGGCGGAGCACUGGGGUCGCAUGAUGGGGCAGCCGGCGCCCGACUCAGCACGCUACGGCGGCUUCUACUCCGUGCUGGCCAGACCCGGCUUUAGAAUCAUCUCCAUCAACACCAACUACUGCUACAGGCUGAACUGGUGGGUGCUAUACAAGGAUGUGGACCCCGGGCUGAUGCUGAGCUGGUUGGUGAGGGAGCUGAGUGGAGCGGAACAGCGGGGGGAGCUGGUUCACAUCAUAGGUCACGUCCCGCCCCUAUACGUCGACUGCUACGCCCAGUGGGGACACCAGUUCGAUAGGGUGGUGUCUAGGUUCUCACACAUCAUCCGGGGUCAGUUCUACGGCCACUCCCACAUGGACGAUUUCCGGGUGCACUACGACCUCGCCAACCCCUCCAAGGCCGUGGGGGUGGAGUACAUUUCCCCGAACAACGGUCCCUUCAGCAACCUCAACCCCUCCUACCGGGUCUUCUACGUCGACGGGGACCACGACGAAUCGACCAGGGACGUGCUGGACUACGAGACGUGGGUGAUGAAUUUGACCCACGCCAACGCCUUCGACGCCCCUCACUGGUACCGCCUCUACACAGCCCGCCGAGACCUGGGCCUCCCCUCGCUGCACCCUCGGCACUGGGACGACCUCGCAGCACGCCUCACGGACCGACCAGCCCUCUUCGAUACGUUUAGAAGGUAUCAAGUUCAAGACAGCGACGCAGAGUUAUCCAAGGGCUGCGACGCCUCCUGCAAACACGACGCCAUCUGCAACCUGGUGGACGGCAACCGGAUCAGACCCUCCAAGUGCAGACCACCGCCCCUCUGAAUAGGUUCGAAUCCCCCUUAGUUUAGGUGUGUGAUCCUUUUGUGUUUGUGUUGCCCGUAGUUAGUGUUUGGAUUGUGUGUGUUUGUUUACUUUUUUGUGUGAUCAGUUUUUCGUAUGUAGUGUUGAGUUUUUUUUUGUUUGUUUGUAAGUUUUGUAGUCUUUGAUCCUCUUUUUGUAGACAAUUUGAAAAGAUUUAUUAUAACGAUCAGGUGAAAAAAAAAUAUUCUCCGUGUAGCAGUGGUAGUAGUAGUAGUAGUAGUAGUAGUAGUAAUAGUAGUAGUAGUAGUAGUAGUUUAGUUUUUCUUUGCCCUUUAGUAUUACAUGUAGACUAUUUUACAUUACUAUUAUCAUCACUUUUGUUGUCUUGUAUUAAUUUUGAUGCGUGUUGAAUUUUGUAAACAUAUUCAGGUACGGUACAGGUGUUUCGAACGUGUUGUGUGUAUACCUGUGUGUGUGUGUGUGUGUGUGUGUGUGUGUGUGUGUGUGUGUGUGUGUGUGUGUGUGUGUGUUCGCCCAGUAGUCUUUCAAUAGAAGUUUAGACAUAAUUCCAUCCUACGUAUGAGAGAGAGAGAG